AUGAACUGGCUUUACUUCCAUGUAUAUAUAGUGGUUGUAUCUAAGCGGACCCUUGUGAGUAACCCUGCAUGACUCUGCCCCUUCCUGACUACUUUGUUACUCAAGGCAAAGCAGCUGACUUUGAUCUAGCCGCAAAGGUUACAGCUAAGGGAGAUACUAUAUUCACAUAGAAGCAGCGUAGCACCGGUUAGCGAACAGCAAGGCUGUGGCGCGCAGGCUUGACGAGCUUCCUCUGGUCAGCUGUUUUCUAUUCCAGCAGCCUAAUAAAGACAGCACGUAAGAGAAAUGGAUCCCGCAAGCAAGCAGGCGGCGAAGUACAAGACGCAGUCGCUGUUGGGAAUCAUAAACGACAAGGUGGAGGUCGGCAUGGCAAAGAUCCGCGGUGAAGACAGCGCCGCUUUGGAUGUUGCCAUUAUAAAGGCAACGCUGCAAGAUGAGGUUGUGCCGAAGGAAAAGCACGUCCGGACCCUUAAGGCAGCAUGCAACGGUUCCUCUCCACGCCAGACCGUGAACUACGUAAUUCACGGCCUGGCUAGGCGACUGGAGGACAAUGCGAAGGCCUGGCUUGUAACCUUGAAGACGCUCAUUGUCUUCCACCGGCUGAUGCGGGAGACAGACCCAUCUUUCCAGGAGGAGCUCCUCCGCUACGCCGAGCGCACCGGCCACCACCGCAUGCUGCGCCUGGAGUCGUUUGCUGAUCACACGACAAAGGAGACGUGGGACUUGUCUGCGUUCAUCCGCGUGUACAGCCUGUACUUGGAUGAGCGCCUGGCGGUAUUCCGCGCCAUGCGCUUUGACCCGCAGCACGACCAGGGCCUGGAGGCGCGGGAGUCAAAGCUCAAGAACUGCACUGCCGCGGAGCUACUGGACCAGCUCCCGGCCGUGCAGCGCCUGCUUGGGCGCCUUGUGAGCUGCGUGCCCGAGGGCGCAUCCCAGAGCAACGAGAUUGCCUUGCUCGCAUGCUCGCUGGUCCUGCAGGAGGUUCGCUCCGUGUACAAGGUGGUGUGCGAGGGCGUGCUGAACCUGGUAGACAAGUUCUUCGAAAUGGACCGAGGCGACAUGCUCAAGGGUGUGGAGCUGGUGAAGGAGAACCUGGCGGUCAACGAGCGGCUGAACGCCUUCGUGGCCACCAUCGGCGGCAUCCCGGCGCUGCGGGGCGCAGUGCAGUUCCCAGCUGUGCAGCCGCUACCGGCGGACUUCCUGACAACGUUGGAGGAGUACGUCAAGGACACUCCGAAGACGGUUGGGGACAAGGCGGGCGCCGGACGCGCCGCUCCCACAGCUGUGCGCGGACCAACGCCGCGGCUCAUCGUGGGUGGACCCAUUAAGGACGCGGCCAGCGGACCCACCUCGCCCCAGCCCGCCCCCGUAGCCCCAGCCCCGGCGCCCGAGGUGGACCUGCUAGGCGGGUUUGAGGCCCUCACCGUCAACCCUACCCUUCCCCCCGCAGCUGCUGCUGCCGCACCGCCGGCUGCUCCUGCGUCUGCCAUGCCGCCUGCACCUCCUGCCGCGGCCCCGCCGCCGGCGUCGUUCGACCCCUUCGCCAGCUUCGGAGGUGCGCCGGCUCCAGCACCGGCUGCAGCAGCGGCUCCGCCCGCCGUACCUGCGGUGCCGCCGCCAGCAGCCGCAGUGCCUCCCGCCUACCCGUACGGCCCCUCUUCCUCCUUUGCGCACCCGGGAGCGGCGCCGGCAGGCGGACCCUUCGGCUACCAGGGUGUUCCUCCGCCUGUCUCCCCACAGCCCGUGGCGCCCCCGCCUGUCGCCAACACCUUCAACGACGCCAUGUUUGGCGGCUCAAACGCCUUCGGGGCCCCACCACCAGCCUACCCCGCAGCGCCGCCCCAGCCUGCACCGGCGGCCAGCGGCCCGACGCCCUUCAACCCAUUCGCCAACCCCAGCAUGCAUGCUGCUGUGGCCCCCCACAUGCCCACGGGGUCCACCCCUCCGGUGCCCGCGCCCGCGGCGACCCCAUUCCCGCCACCACCCACUCCGGCCACACCACCGCCACCGGCUUCGGCGCAGGUCCCGGCACCUGCCGUGCCUCAGCCGCAAGCAGCUCCGCCUGCGGGUUUUGCACCCUCACCGCAACCGCAGCUUCAGGGCGUAGGUGCAUUUGCCAACCCGUUUAGCUCACCUGGUGUUGCAUCCCCUGCGGCUGCGCCCGCCAACCCCUUCAGCUCGCCCGGCAGCGCCAACGCCAGCCCUGCUCAGGGCGCCAACCCCUUUGGGGGCGCUGCCGCGACGACGACACAACCGCCGCCCGCGGGCACCAACCCCUUCGCCGCUGCCGCGCCCGGCGCGGGGGCCUGGCCUGGCGCUGCGGUGUCGCCAGCAGUUACAACGCAGCAGGUGGGGGGCUACAACCUCAAGAAGCCAGCCGACCCGCUGCACGACCUCUCGUUUGACCUGUUUGGAAAGCCGCAAGCGCCGGCCGCACCGCAGCCCAUGCGCGCUCAGGCGGGUCCCACAGCAGGGCCCAAUGGAGCUGGUUCGCCGGGCAACUUCUUUUGAGGAUCCGUGGCAAGCGCCGACGGGCUUUGAAGGGAGGCCGCUAAGGCCGCUGAAACACCGUUAGUCGUGGCUUGCAUUGCAGGGCCCUGGAUUAGAGCUGAGGAUUAGAGGCGUGGAUAUUGUGGCGGGUCUUAGGACUUAGCGACAGCUUACAUAAGUGGGGAUCCAAUACUUUGUUUGGACUACGCGCAUGUUGCAGGCUUCGUGCUGUCAGGCCGGCGUGCGUGUGGUAUGUGGCGGCGUUAGGGCAUCCUGGAUAGGGUAACGAGCAGGUUCUGAGUGGUGAGGGAACCGCAUGAUUAAGCUUGGGUUAUUAGACCCAUUGACGAUACCUACAUUACCUAGCCAGCCUUUUGACUUCAUGCAUGCGAUGGUGCUGACAUGGCCAGCAGCACUCGUGUACGACAACUGUUCACAUGUAUAGUGCCGGGUGAGGGUACUUGACGGCAAGUCGCGGGGCAUAUAACCUGAUUUUCGUUACUGUUAAUACAUCGCUGACCAUCCAUGCGUCGUCCUGACUGUGACGGGGACACAACAGUUCAGUCCCACACGGCUAGGCAUGAUUAUAACUGCCUGUAAAUAGUUAUGGACGUACCACCUGCG